CGUCGGGCUGCGUGCCCGCGCGCGCGCGCGCGCGCGCGAGGUCCUUCCGGCUUUCGGCUCGCGGCGGGAAGAUGGCGUCGGGCAGCGGGACUAAAAACCUGGACUUCCGCAGGAAGUGGGACAAAGAUGAGUAUGAGAAGCUUGCAGAGAAACGACUCACGGAGGAAAGGGAAAAGAAAGAUGGCAAACCAGUGCAACCCGUCAAACGUGAGCUGCUCCGGCACCGUGACUACAAGGUGGACCUUGAAUCCAAACUGGGGAAGACUAUUGUUAUUACCAAAACGACGCCUCAGUCGGAGAUGGGCGGGUAUUAUUGUAACGUCUGCGAUUGUGUAGUGAAAGAUUCUAUCAAUUUCUUGGAUCAUAUCAAUGGCAAAAAACAUCAGAGGAACUUGGGUAUGUCCAUGAGGGUGGAGCGCUCCACACUGGACCAGGUGAAGAAGCGCUUUGAGGUCAACAAGAAAAAAAUGGAAGAGAAGCAGAAGGACUACGACUUUGAGGAGAGGAUGAAGGAGCUCAGAGAAGAGGUCUUUGGACGUGCACGCAAGCUUGACUCAUUUGGCAGUGACUUCUCUUUGUUGCAGGAGGAAAAGGCCAAAGCCUACAAAAAGGAAAAACAGAGGGAGAAGAAAAGGAGGGCUGAGGAAGACCUGGCGUUUGAAGAGGAUGACGAGAUGGCAGCCGUUAUGGGCUUCUCUGGGUUUGGCUCAACCAAGAAGAGCCACUGAUCAGCCACGAACUGUGCUUGGACGGUUGUCGUCUCUGCCCGGUGAUGCUUGAACACCCCUGGGGAGACUUCGCAGCGAACUUGCAUCUCGGCGUACUGGCCGGAGUGCACUCCCCGUGUGGGGCAGGCGAUGCCCUGCCAUGGCUGCCUGCAAAGGGCAGCUCGCAUUCACCUGUAUGGUAGCAAACCUGGAGAUCAAAUAAAGGACUUUAAAUUUAGCAGCUCCCUUCCCCGGUCUCCUUGAAUACUUUGGAGUAAACACAUUUUCAGGAUCUCUUCUCUGUCGGCGUAGUAUUUGUUUAGCCCCUCUUCAGUUGCCAGGAAGAGCACAGCGCCGCACGUUUCUUCCAGCGCCCCCCAGCUCCUGGGCAUGCCUGCAGCGGCCCCUUUCCCUGUUUGAGUACUGCCUGCUUCUCACUCCAUGCUGUGUUUGGCCCUGUUUGCACAAGGAACAUUCUGCUGAGUAUAUUUUUUUCUGUUAAUAAAAUGAUAAAAAUCUUG